CACAAAUAUACUUCUCCAAACGCAACAUUUUGAUUCUUCCAUCCGCAAGGAAGAGGCAAUACUUUGCUGACUAUGCAGAUCUUCGUUAAAACCCUCACGGGUAAGACUAUUACCCUAGAGGUAGAGUCCUCCGACACUAUUGACAAUGUCAAGAGUAAAAUCCAAGACAAGGAGGGCAUCCCCCCUGACCAACAGCGUUUGAUUUUCGCUGGUAAGCAAUUGGAGGAUGGCCGUACUUUGUCUGACUACAACAUUCAAAAGGAAUCCACCCUUCACUUGGUCCUCCGUCUUCGUGGUGGUGGUAAGAAGCGUAAAAAGAAAACUUACACUACCCCCAAGAAGAUCAAGCACAAGCACAAGAAGGUUGAGCUUGCUGUCCUCAAGUACUACAAGGUUGAGGAUGAUGGCAGCGUCAAGCGUCUUCGUCGUGAAUGCCCUACUUGCGGUGCCUCUGUCUUCAUGGCUAACCACGGUGAUCGUCUCUACUGCGGUAGAUGCCACUUGACCCUUAAGUUGGAAGCUUAAGUGUUACAAUAAAAUCGGAAUUUUCCAAACAUCUACAAUAUAAAUACGUAAAAUAUCGUGAUGGAAAUAGUAAAUAACUGAUUGUAGUUUUCCAAUUGA